AACAUGCGAAUGUACUAUGCAAUGCCUUCCUUCAAUUCGUCUCCCACGAAUUAUCCGUUAAUAUUGUUUCCAUGCAAUAAAUUCCGUGGAGAAACAUUAACCGCUAAAAAACAACUUCCGCGAACCCAACACGGGAUUGAUAUGAUAAGGCAUUUUUUGGUCACAAACGAUCCGAAG